CGGAGCCGGACGGGCGGGAGGAGAGCGGGGCCAGCAGCUCCCCCAGGGCACAGAGCACUCCGGUGCCCCGGGGGAUGGAGGAGGGGGCCCUGCGGGAGCACAUCCGCCGGCUGCGCGCGGAGCAGGCGGCCGUGGAGGGGUCCCUGCUGGACGCCCCGGCCCCCCCCCGGGGUGACCCAGCACGGCCAGGACGCCCGGGCCCGGGCGGAGAGGGCACUGCGGGACGCCAGGGCACUGCUGCCAGGCUGGAGGAGGCCCGAGAAGGCGGAGCUGCUGCAGGACCUGGCGAUGCUCAAGGUGAGGGAUUUGGGGUUGAGGGGCCCGACGCCCGGAUCCCUCCACGUGGGAGUGGAGCCAGAGGGUGGUGACGCUGCUGCCGUGCCAGGAGGCCAUGGGUGAGCUGAGGACGCGGCUGCAGCUGGCAGAGAGGGAGAAGCGAGGCCUGGAGGUGCUGCUGGCCGGGCAGGGCCCGCGGGAGGCUGCCCUGUGCCUCGUGCUCCAGCACCUGCAGUGGGAGCGGGAUGGGGGCACCCGCCGCCCCCCCAGCAGCUCCAGCAGCUCCAGCAGCAGCGAGGGGGAUGCCCAGAUUGGCUGGGGCGGAGCGGCGGCUCCGCGGAACCCUCCGGAUCCGGAGAGGAUGAGGGAAGAGCUGCUCCGUGCCUCGGCCAGGGCGGAGGAGCUGCGUGCCCGGGCACAGGAGCUGGUGCUGUCCCUGGAGCAGGGCAGUGCCACCAGCCGAGCACAGCAGGCACAGAGUGUCACCAUCACCAUGGAUCUGUUCCAGGCACACAGGUGGGAAGGGGGCACCCACGUCUCUGCUGGGUGGGCGUGGGGUGCUGGGUGCCCUGUGUCCCUUGGGUGCCCUGGAUUCCCUGAGUCCCCUUGGUCCCCUGGAUCCCCUGGGUGCCCUGUGUCCCCUCAGUCCCUUGUGUCCCCUAUGGCCCCUGGAUCCCCUUGGUCCCCUGGGUGCCCUGUGUCCCCUGGUUCCCCUGGGUGUCCCAGAUCCCCCAUGUCCCUUGGGUCCCCUGAAUCCCCUGGACCUUCUCAAUCCCCUGGAUCCCCUGUGUCCCCUGGAUCCCCUGAGUGCCCUGGGUCCCCUGGUUCCCCUUGGUCCCCAUGACCCCUGGUUGUCCUAAAUCCCCUGGGUCCCCAUAUCCCCCAUAUCCCCCGU